GAGACACCGCCGAGGCGCCUUAGCCGCGGGGACGCGGGACACGCCGGCCUCGCACCUCGCUCCCACCGGAGCGCCUCCGCUCCUACCGCGCUGCGGGAGCCGACGGAAAAUCGCGGCGCGCUCCGCACCGCCUGCCGAGCAAAUCCAGAUAAAAAGAAGUAUUUGGCUACACAGUUUUGGACAGAACCUCAGAGGCAUCAGAAAAGGUGAAUAAAAAAGAUGCUAAUGUUUGACCCAGUCCCUAUCAAGCAAGAAGCCAUGGAGCCUGUUUCAGUGUCAUACCCCUCCAAUUACAUGGACCAAAUGAAGCCAAACAAAUACAGCGUCAUUUAUUCUACACCAAGUAUGUUGCACAAUAAAUUCUACUCCAGCCCUGAAGGACUAUCAAAUGGAAUCCAGAUGGAGCCAGUAGACCUUACGGUAAAUAAACGGAGCUCGCCGCCUUCAACUGGAAGCUCUCCUUCCCCACUAAAAUUUCAGACUGUGCAUAGGAGAAGUUCACCUGGAUUGACUCUGUCCUCACCCAGCUCACCUCUCAGUAAAUUCACACCGUCGCCCCCCGGAGUCCAGCCUCUUUCCAUGCCAAUAACAAUCCCGCCUGUCAUGGCCGCUGCUCUUUCACGCCAUGGACUGAGAAGCCCUGGGAUACUCCCGGUUAUACAGCCUGUUGUGGUCCAGCCAGUUCCUUUCAUGUAUGCUCCCCAUCUCCAGCAGCCCAUCAUGGUGUCCACAGUUCUCGCAGAUGAGAUGGAAACUCCAAGUAGCAUGCAAGUGCCUGUCAUCGAGUCUUAUGAAAAGCCCACACUGAAGAAAACAAUCAAAGUAGAGCCAGGAAGUGAACCAUCAAAGACUGACUUCUAUCCUGAACAAAUGUCACCUCCAAUGAUGACCUCGUUGUCUCCUCAGCAAGUAAUGUUGCAAGAGAAUCACCCUUCAGUUAUAGUUCAGCCAGGAAAGAGACCUCUACCUGUGGAAUCUCCAGACACACAACGAAAACGCAGAAUACAUCGAUGUGAUUAUGAAGGCUGCAACAAAGUCUACACUAAAAGCUCCCAUCUGAAAGCUCACCGAAGAACCCACACAGGAGAAAAACCGUACAAAUGCACUUGGGAGGGAUGCACGUGGAAGUUUGCUCGUUCUGAUGAACUGACGCGGCAUUUCCGCAAGCACACGGGAAUCAAACCCUUCCAGUGUCCAGACUGUGACCGCAGCUUUUCACGCUCGGACCAUCUUGCUCUUCACAGGAAACGCCACAUGCUAGUCUGAAUGUCUUCUGUCCCUGACUCCUGCCACACUUUAUUGUUUUUUACACAUGCAUUUUAAUUUGGAUUCAGCUGGUCUGGAUCUCUGAGUUUAUACCAUUAAAAGCUUACAUAUGGUCAGUAACACAUGUUAUCUAACCCUUCUAUGUCCUUGCCACGGGUCAGACCUAAAGAAUGUGAACACUUCUUUUUUUUCUUCUGGGGAUGCUAAGCAAACCCUUUCUGCAUUCAGUAUGUUUAUUGUAUUUCAUUUGUGAAUAAGGGAAUUUUUAAACUAACAGCUUUUGUUGGUUUCUUCAUAUAAUCAACCCAGCAUAUACUGAUAAAAUAGUAAAUGUUACCGAAUAUCCAAAAUGCUAGUCCUUGCCAGAGACUAUUAUUUAUAUGCCCUGUAAGGGAUACACUCUCAUUUUAUGCUCAACAAUGCAAUGAAUGGACUCUCCCAGCUGUGUUGAUUUCUGCAAUGUGGAUCGCACAACAGUUUUAGAAAGACACCUGAUUUAGAAAUCCCCUCUGCCCAAACAGUGAGUAAUACUGAGGAAAUAAAUCUAAACAGUGUAAUUACUUUACAGAAAGAUUGAGUCAUAGUAUCAUUUACCCCAGCCAAGAAGAAAAAUUGGCAGGAAUUGGUCCAUACAUAAUACUGUCCAUCUAAGCCGAUGUCAUCUGUCAUCUGUAUUAUAGUGUAGUAUACAUCCUUGUUUUUGUUGCAUAAUGCCCCAGUGGAUUUGUUAAAGGAAGACUUUGUGUGACUCUGUAUGUCUGGUUUCUGUGCAAGUGUAUGGAUGGAACGGCUUGAAGCUGAGUCAGGGGUUACCAUCAGGAAGUUCUUCCCCCAGAGGGUGGUUGGGCACUGGAACAGGCUUCCCAGGGAAGUGGUCACAGCACCAAGCCUGUCUGAGUUAAGUGUCUGGACAAUGCUCUCGGGCACAUGGUGUGACUUUUGGGGUGUCCUGUACAGGGCCAGGAGUUGAACUCGAUGAUCUUGAUGGGUCCCUUCCAACUCAGCAUAUUCCAUGAUUCUGUGAUUCUAUGGUACUCUCCUGUGAUUUAGCAUUAAAUGACUCAUAGAAACCUACUGCACCUCAUUUCAGGGAUAUAGAUUAUCCCCCUGCAAUCAUGCCCCUGCAUUUCAUCUAAGUUUUUUCUCUUUGCUGUACUUCAGAAAAUAGCAAUCAUUAAGUCAAAAAUGCGCUGAACUGUAUUGUGAGUACCACUCACAACAGUAUACACUACAGUAUUUAAAAUUAUUGAUCCACAAUAUUUUUAUGAGAAGAUGGCAUCAGAUAUGAAGUACUUCUGAUAAUAAAUUGAGUCAUGUAUCUGUUUUGGAUAAAAGCAUAUACCAGAUCAUCCAGUUCCUAACUCUGGUUUGUGGUGCUAGUAGUCUCCCGAUGGUAGGUACAGCUGCUUCCCUGUGGAGUGUCUAUUGCAUUAAAACCAUGCCCAUUAGCAAACAGAACUCUGUAGCUGAAAGAAACUGAAUUCAAGCAAUCUGCAGUUUCCCCUAGAAAUGUUCCUGUCUGGGAGCCCCCUGCAAGGAAGGUUUCUGUCAGUAUUGGCUGGCAGACUUUGUGGCACUACAAGGAAGCAGGAUGUAUUCUCUACACUCACACACAAGUGCGUUUCCCUUCCUUGCCCUAUGUAAGGUAACCACCAUUCCCUGUUAAACAUACUGAAGUCGGCUUUUCCUUUCUUAUGGAAAAACCCAGUGAACAAUGGAGGUGUGAGGGGAGGAAGAGUUUCAUAGAACUCUACAGGAGACAGGUGGAGUGUCCAUCUGCAGGUGGGUAUAUUUGAGCUUGUGGAGCAGGUAGCCUGUGCUUCUAUAACCAACAGAGCCCAAUGCCAAACAAUCUUGGAGAUACAAGAGUGUGAGUGCAAAGAGCCUUUAUUUGGUGAUGGGACUUUACCAGCUGAUUUGCUGACAUCCACAUGCCUGUGGAAUUAGAGAAGAAUGGUCUGUACUUCCUGUAGAAAGAUGCUCUGACAGCAAUUGCUCUGUUCCAGCUCCAUACAUCCUCACCACCUCGGUAGGGCUGCAUCUUGGGUCUUGUAACUCUCCCUCAUCUGCUCACCUGUGGUGCUGAAACACCUGGCACAGGAAUCCUUCUUUUUACUUUCUUGGUAGGCCAGAUUGUUAGGGACAUGGAGAAACUUGUAGGAAAGAGACUGAUAUUAAUGAACAGCUGUUCCAGAAUGUGGACUUUAUAUUUUAUAUUUUUGGUCAGUGGUAGCAGAAUUUGCUUUAGGAUUUAAUGGCAAUUUUGUAAAUCCAGGUGUGUCACUGGUUGAGAGACUGUGUGGAGGGAGCCCUGUGGCAUCAGUCACAACACAUAUAAUACCCUGGGAUGAAAACAAUUCUCUGUUCUGUUGAUGAGGAGGGAAACAGAUACUAUAAAAUAAGCACCUUAAUGGCAACUGGUCCCAUUUUUACCUUAAAAAUGCAAAUUUAUAAAAUUCAGGGGGUUUAAGGAACAUUUCUUUCUAAUGCUCUGUUUCUCUUUUGAGGCUUCCAUAAAAUGUUUCCAUUAGUAUGUUUUUUAAUAUUUUUUAAAUCAGAACUUCUUUGUAACUAAGAGUUACUUGAGAUAAUUUAGUCUAGGUUAUUUGUGAUGUUAAUUCAUUAGCUUAUGUACCUUUUUCCUGAAAGUAUUUAUGCUAAUGAUGGGGUCCAAUACAGUGGAGAUUGAGCAGGACUUUCAAAUUUCAUCCAUGUGUCUUGUGAAUUAGGACAACAGAAAUUUAAAUAUUAAAUAUAAGUAUUUGAGAUUAUUGCACGAUAAUGUCUUCCUUAUAGGAUUUUUCAGUUGUGUCUGUGGUGUCUUUGUGGGAUGACUAAAAGGUCACAAACAAAUACACUUCUGUCUGAGUGUGAAUUUACAUCUUAACCAGCUCAUUGGUUCAUUUUAGCAAACUUUGACUUGAUCGCAAUUUUAAAAUAUAUUCAGUUAGAUACUUUGCAAAGCCAGUCAUUCCAUCUAUGUCCUAAAGAAAAGCCAGUUUAGAUAGAAAAUCCUAAUUCUGGAGAAUGAGUACAUUUAAACACCCCCCCACACACACACCUUUCUCUGUAACAGUAUUGCUCUGGGCAGUGUGUAACAGGUAAUACUGUUUUACUAAAAUGUGCCUGUUUAAGCUAUUUGAUUAUAAUAAAUUACUAGUUUUUAAUUUUGUGGGAUUUAUUUAAAUAUAGACGUGGCAUUCUGCAGUGAUACUUCUAAUGCCACAUCUUGUUCAAAUAUGUUGUCUCUGCCAGGGUUUAGCAACAUGAUAAAUACAAAUCCUUCCUAAAAUAAUUUACAAAGCAUUUUACAUCUCUUAAGAGGGCUAGACCAUUUUUCAUUAUAUUUUACAGAUAUUAGCACUUAAUGUACUUUAGAGGGUCAAAAUAAUCUUUUUGCUUAGCAUCUCUCACCUGCAAAUAUAGCAAGGAUUUUUAUUUACUUUGAUACGUCUAUAAACUAUGCAGAAUUUUUAAAAUAAAAUGUAAUAUAUUUUAUAAGCUAAUAAGACAAAAUGGCUAAUUAAAGGUUUCUAGCGUGCAUUACUAUAACUUGCAAAUAUGGAGACAUUUUGGUAAUCUUUUCUUACUAAAGAUGUGAAUGUUUAAUGUACUUUCACUGUUUCUACUUUGGUAGUCCAAUGGGAAUUCAGUAAUGACAUUUUGUCAUGUCAAACUGUGAACAUAAAUUUGUACUGUACAGUCCUCAUACUAUAUUUAGUAUAUGUAGUAUAUGUAGUAUAUUUAGUAUACAGUGCAUAUGUAUUAUACUUGUUAAUAAAACACUCAGAAUGUU